AUGAAUUAUAGAUUAAGUAUCUCAAAAUUUACUGUCUUACUUCUGUUAAUCUUUUGCCUUAACAAAGGGUAUUGUCAUUCAAGGGUCUUCCAUUUGGAUGAUUAUGGUGCUGUUAAAGGUGGAAAAGUUGAUAAUAGUAAGGCACUAUUGAAAGCAUGGGAUGAUGCGUGCAAAUGGAAGGGUGGGUCCAGAUUGGACAUAUCUUCGGGGCCUUACUUGGUGAAUGCAGUACUAUUGGUCGGCCCAUGUAAGGGCCCAAUAGAGUUUCACAACACAGGCAGUCUAAUAGCUCCAUUGGGCCUUAGAGGUCAAUAUUGGAUCGAGUUUCGAUAUAUUGAUGGGCUUACAGUAAGUGGAAGUGGAUCAUUUGAUGGUAGAGGCCCUCCAAAACAAGGCUCUCCUUACCUUCCAACUCUACUAAGAUUCAGCUUUGUGACAAACUCAAAUGCACAAGAUUUGAAGUUAAUCAACAGCCAAACAACCCAUUUCAACUUAUUUGCAUGCAACAACACAAAAAUAAGCCAAAUAACAAUAUCAUCACCAGGAGAUAGUCCUAACACUGAUGGCAUUAAAAUUGGAGAAUCAAAUGGAAUUAUAAUCUCUAAUUCUACAAUUGCUUCGGGAGAUGAUUGUGUUGCACUUCUCACAGGUUCAAAAAACAUUAGUGUUAUAGGUGUUACUUGUGGACCUGGUCAUGGUAUAAGUAUUGGAAGUUUAGGAGGUUCACCUAAUGAACAUGUUGAGCAGAUUUUUGUAAGUAAUAUCAAACUUUUAAAUACUACCAAUGGUUUAAGGAUCAAGACUAAAGCUACUAAUAUGGUUGGGAUGGUUACGAAUGUUCGAUAUGAGAAUGUUUUUAUGGAUGGUGUUCAGAAUCCUAUCAUUUUUGAUCAGAAUUAUUGUCCUCCGAAAACUUGCAAACAGGGUUCUUCAAGAGUUCAAAUAAGUGAUGUGAAAUUCAGAAAUAUUUAUGGGACAUCAAAGACAAAUGUUGCAGUAAAUUUACAGUGCAGUGGGCGUAAUCCAUGUAAUAAAAUCGAAUUGAAGGACAUUGAGAUCAAGUAUCAAGGGCUAAAAGGGAAGACCAUUUCAAGUUGUUCUCAUGCAAGUGGAGAAGUGUAUGGUAUACAAGUGCCUAAACCUUGCAUUUAG